AUGACAUUGACACCAAAUACUUCUCCAUUUUAUGAACAUACAUUAAAGAUUAAAGAUGCAGCUAGUCCCAGGGCACCUGGAUCAGUUGUGUUGUCACAGCCAAGUACUUUACGUGAAGAUUAUCAAUUGAAAAUUGCUUAUCGGAAGUAUGUCACAACUAGAGUAAUUCCACAUAAUGCCAAACGUAUCAAUUUUUUGUUUUUACAUGGCAAUGGGAUGAAUAAAGGUAUUUGGCAUUCUCAAAUCGAUAAAUUAUUUGCAACCUAUGAAAUAAGUUUCCCAGAAUUACAUAUUGAUACAAUUAUUGCUGCUGAUCACGUAAACAUGGGAGAUUCUGCUUAUGUUAAUCGUGGUAAAUUGGGUCAUGUCAGUGAUUGGAAUGAUUUUGCAAAAGAUGCUAUCAUGUUAACCAAAGUUCAUGAAAGAGAGAGCUUUCUUCAUCCAAAUGCUUUCAAUGUUGUUGUUGCUCAUUCAAUGGGUGGAUUUGCAGCUAUUCAAAUGACGGCAAUUGAACCAAAUUUGUUCCAAUCUUCAGUGUUGAUAAAUCCUGUUUGUGUAACUGUACCAGGUGAUAACAAAGACUUUGACAGGACUUAUCGUGAUUGGUUUGAACGUGGCUUUGUGAAAUUUUAUUUUGAUAAAAUCCCAGAAAAUGUCAAUUGGUACCAUCAAAUUUAUGAACAUUACAGUAAACGUUCAUUCUAUAAGAAUUUUGAUCCAAUUGUUUUGCGUAAUAUGUUGGAAGAUGAAAUUCCUGAGUUUUAUGAUCGAAAGAGUCAUUAUGAUACAGUUGAAUUGAAACAUGAUGGGUUUGAAGAUUAUAUUAAUUAUUAUAAUCUGAGAUUUUCAAUUCCAGAAACCAAAGCAUUAUAUCAACAAGUUAAAGUGCCAACAAAGAUGUUAUGUGGUACCAAUGAUGGAAUGUCGGCAUUGAUCAAUCUAUAUAAGGAUGAUGACUUGAGUUUUGCAAACAUUGAAUUUUUAGAAGGAAUGUAUCAUAAUAUGCAUGCGGAAAACCCAGACUUGGUUAUGAAUUUAGUUAAUGAUUUUGUUUUGGAUUGCUUUGAAAAGAACCAACAAACAACUGAUGAUGAUUUUAAGAAGAAAUAUGGUUCUGAAUACAAACAAAAGUUAAGAACUGAGGUAUUAAAGGAUUUAUUUGGAGAUAUUGAAUUACCUAGCAAAUUAUGA